GUCAACGCCCCCAAUGCAAGAAUGGCAUCUCAGGACAGUCCGCUGUCAAUUGCCGCCAGCAUUACCGGCAUCCUCACAUUUGUGGCUGCCGUCGUGGCCGGCUUCUACGCGCAUACCAUAAGUCUCAAGAACGCCAUCGACACACAAGCCGAGAUCUCGCGAGCCUUCGAGAAGAUCGACUUCCUGGCAACAGAAACCGAUAUGCUGAAUAACGCCCACCUAGCCUCCCAGAUCCGGCAGCCGGAGCAGAGAUACGGGAAUGGCGAUUUCAGGUAUUUCCAGGGCCUGUAUGAGAACUCACUACAGCGGAUGCGGAGGAUGGAUCGCGAGCUGAGGAGGAGCAUUGCAGCGGUCACGGGCGGCAGCCGCUAUGACAACAUCUCGCGAAUCAAGACGGCCGCUGCCUGGAUGGCGGCAAGGGAUCGCAUCCAUAGAGAAAUCGAGGAGCGGAAAGCGGAGAGUGCGCGCAUCUUCCAGAUCCGGCUCUCAAUACUGUCGGCAAAAGUCGAUGAGUUGUCCUACUACCAGAGACACCAUAACGUCACAUGCAGCCUUGUGGCGGAAGAGCUGGGGAGGCUGAAGAGCAUGGCAAUGCCAUCAUCAACCGUCUGUAUUUCGGAGAUAAAAGCAACUGAAGCUCCAAAGUCUCCACGAUGAGGCACCAUCAUGGUUUAGAGGGAGGG